AAGUGCAUACAACGGGAGGUGGUUUGGCACCGAAAUAAGACGGAAUCAUUAAUGUGAAGAUUGUAGUGGUGAGGUGUCGAAUUUACGGUAUAAAUACGCUCCGGAGUUUCGAGAAGAAGCAGUAUUGUCCUACCAGUCAACAUGAACGCUGUAGUGAUCUCCUUCUUCGCUGUGCUGGCUGUCGCCGCCGGUGCUCCGGCUUCGCCUCUCGCCCCUGCCGAGCCGAAGAAACCGGAAGUCGAGAUUAUCAGUCAGCAAUCAGAGAUCAACGCGGACGGCACCUAUGUGAACAAAUUCGCGACCUCCAACGGAAUAUCAGUGUCCGAAGAGGGUAGUUUGAAGGUUGGAGAGAAACCCGACGAAGUUUACCAGGUCGCCAAGGGAACCUCCGAAUAUUCAGCACCCGACGGAACUCUCAUCCAGACCGUUUGGUACGCCGACGAAACCGGCUUCCAUGCAUCCGGUCCUCACAUACCGGUAGCCCCGGAAACUCCCGACUACAUUAAAAAAUCCCUCGAUUGGUCGGCUGCCCAUCCGUACGAAGAAGAACAGGAAUCCGCCAAGAAGGUGUAAAAUAUCGUCGAUACCGAUGAGAAAUCUAUCCGCGCUCUAGUUCGACCGAUAUAAAUAUAAAAAAUUUAGACAAUUAUUGCUUCCUGGCUUCUACGAAGCUGCGUGUGUAACAUAAUGAUUUUUUUUUUUUGCUGUCUUUUUUAUCACCGCAAUAAAAGUUGGACGGUGACCAACGGCAAGCCGUUGCUCCGUCGUUC